AGUAGAGAACCAAAACCCGGAUUUAAUUGUGCGAAAUUAACCAGAUUUGAGAGAAGCAUGUCCCGGCCGUAAUACGGAGGAGAAUACUGGAUUCGCCUUCUUCCAUUCGGGUCAAAAUUAGCAAAGCAACACGAUUGCUGAGGAGGUGGAGGAAGAGAGAGAAAGAGAGAGAGAGAAGAGUAGGUUUAGUCGGCGUGCGUCUGAGACCACAAGUCCGACUUAGGUCACUCAAAAACCCUCAAAAUUAGAGGAUUUCAUCUAUUCCGCGUUUCCAGCUGAUUGCUUUGUUGGGUGAACAAUUAGAUUAUUCGACGACCGAGGAGUACUUGCUUGCCUCCAUCGUCAUAGAGGGGUGUAGAGAUGGAUUUGGUGGCUGGCUGCAAGGACAAGCUGGCAUAUUUCCGGAUAAAGGAACUCAAGGAUGUUCUCACUCAACUUGGUCUUUCAAAGCAAGGAAAGAAGCAGGACCUCGUGGACCGACUACUAGCUAUUCUGUCUGAUGACCCAGUUUCAGGAGCCUGCACAAAGAAAAAUACUGUUGGCAAGGAAGAGGUGGCAAAACUUGUGGAUGACAUUUACAGGAAAAUGCAGGUUUCUGGAGCACCUGACUUGGCAUCAAAAUCGCAGGGAGUCUCAGAUAGCAGCAAUGUCAAGUUAAAAGAAGAGGUGGUAGAAGAACCUUACCAGAUGGAUAAGAUUCGUUGUCCCUGUGGAAGCUCCUUACAAACCGAGUCUAUGAUUAAGUGUGAAGAUCCCAAAUGCCAUGUGUGGCAACAUAUUAGCUGCGUUAUCAUACCAGAGAAAGCCAUAGAAAGCGGUACUCCACCAAUACCACCUGGAACAUUCUAUUGUGAACUAUGCAGAUUGACUCGUGCUGAUCCCUUUUGGGUGACAAUAGCAAAUCCUUUAUAUCCUGUUAAGCUGGCUAUUACACAUGUUCCAACUGAUGGCACAAACCCUGUACAGAGUGUUGAGAAAACAUUUCAACUUACAAAAACUGAUAAAGACAUGUUGACUAGACAGGAAUAUGAUCUUCAGGCUUGGUGCAUGCUCCUCAAUGACAAGGUUCAAUUUAGGAUGCAGUGGCCUCAGUAUGCUGAUCUGCAGAUCAAUGGUUUUGCUGUUCGUGCAAUGAAUAGACCUGUGUCGCAAUUGCUAGGAAAUAAUGGUCGAGAUGAUGGACCCAUACUAACAGCAUACACUAGAGAUGGAAUCAAUAAAAUUUCCCUGACAGGUGGAGAUGCUCGUGUGUUCUGUUUAGGUGUCAGAAUUGUAAAGCGGCGUACUGUCCAACAGAUACUUAGUAGUAUACCUAAAGUGUCGGAUGGUGAGCUUUUUGAAGAUGCUCUUGCUCGUGUUUGCCGUUGUGUUGGCGGUGGAAAUGCCACAGAAAAUGCUGACAGUGACAGUGAUAUUGAAGUUGUAGCUGAUUCUAUUCCUGUGAACCUUCGAUGUCCUAUGAGUGGAUCAAGGAUGAAGGUUGCUGGAAGAUUCAAGCCCUGUGUUCACAUGGGCUGUUUUGAUCUUGAGGUUUUUGUUGAAAUGAAUCAACGGUCAAGGAAGUGGCAAUGCCCUAUUUGCCUCAAGAAUUACUCUCUGGAGCAUAUAAUCAUUGACCCAUAUUUCAAUCGAAUUGCUUCAAAGUUGAAGAGUUGUGGAGAAGAUGUGACUGAGAUUGAGGUGAAACCCGAUGGUUCUUGGCGUGCUAAGGUGGAAGGUGAUCGGAGGAGUCUUGGGGAUCUUGGGCAGUGGCACUUACCUGAUGGAAGUCUAUGUAUGUCUUCAGAUGCAGAUUCCAAAUUGAGGCCUGAACUUCUUAAGCAGGUCAAGCAGGAAUGUGGUUCAGAUGGCCAUUUAAGUCUGAAAGUUGGAUGGAAAAAAGAUGCCAAUGGUGAUUGGAUACCCAAUAGACCUACUGAUGUCCAGGCAUAUUCAUCAGGAAACCUAUUACAAGAAAAUUUUGAAAUGCUUGGACAGGAUAUUAUUAGUAGCAGUGCCACUGGAAGUGGCAAAGAAGGGGAGGACCCCAGUGUAAAUCAGGAUGGAAAUGCAAACCUUGAUUUCUCAACCCCCAAUGGAUUUGAACUUGAAUCGAUGUCACAUAAUAUUGAUCAAGCAUAUGCUUUUAGUGGUCGAAAUCUGUCUGCUCCAUCAGGGGACGCUGAAGUUAUUGUCCUAAGUGAUUCAGAAGAAGAAAAUGAGCCGCUAAUAUCUCCAGAACCUGUCUACACCAAUAAUAGGACAGAUGCUGGCUCAGUCUCUUUUUCACUUCAACAAGGAAUUCAAGAUCCUUACAAUGAAGACCCACCUCUAGCUAAUGGAGGCAAUUCAUGCCUAGAUCGUUUUGAUGUUAGCAAUGACGACUUUGGAAUGUCUAUGUGGUCUUCACUCCCCAAUACCCAGGGUGGUCCUGGCUUUCAAUUUUUUGAUACUGAUCCAGAUGUCUCUGGCUCUUUAGUUGAUGUGCAGCAUGGUUCCGUUAAUUGUCCUACUGGUGUUAAUGGCUAUGGGUUGACCACGGAUACCACCUUGGGUUCUGCUGAUGUUGUACCUGAAUCGUUUGUUGGUCAUCCUACUGUGGAUAUAAAUGAUGGCUUAGUUGAUAAUCCCCUGUCAUUUGAUGGUAAUGAUUCACUUCAGAUAUUUUUGCCAACAAGGCCAUCAGAUACAGCCAUAGAUAUUGAUAUGAGAGAUCAGCCAGACGUCUCAAAUGGUGUUCGAAAUGAAGAUUUGAUUUCACUUAGGCUUGGGGUUGGAGGUAUUGGGAGUCAUGGUGAUCUUGCUGCUGUUAAUGGCUUUAACUCAGUGCAGCAAUUGCAAUCCAAGGAUGGUGGUGGCAGUUUGGAUUCAUUAGCUGAUACUGCUUCUCUGCUCCUUGGGAUGAAUGAUAAUAAUAAAUCCAAGAAGACUAGAGAAAGAUCAGAUAGCCCUUUUUCAAUCUCUCGGCAACGCCGAGCUGUAAGACCAAGAUUAUAUUUAAGUAUUGAUUCAGAUUCUGAGUAGAGUAAAGACUAAAGAGGUAGUGAUUGUGUGAAAAAAAAGCUGAUUACUUUUCAAAAAACUUAAAUAUGCGGAUGCUCUUCCAUAAUUAUUUUAUGUAUUUCUACUGGAAGCUGCAAUAUAUCUAUAGGUCUAUAGAGAUUUGUCUGCCAGAAGAUCGUUUGAGGAUAUUGACAGUCCAUGAACAAUAGAAAGAAACUGCCUUACUAACAUGCUUUUGGUGUCUUGGGAGUUUCUUUUCUUGGUACCGUAAUUCUUUUCUCUACUCUUUCCAGCUAGACGAUUUUUCUUCCCAUUUUCUUGGUGGUGAACUGUAGUACAUCUGAACAGCUUAGCUUAAAAUACAAAUAGGAUGCACCUCGUCCGUCGGUAAUAUUACCACCUUUUGACAUAGCAGGGGAUCCCUCUUAGUUUGUUCGCAAGUCCCCUUUUGCCUCUAGGCAUAUUACAAGGGAGGCAACAGCAUGUAUAUCUUGUCAUACAGUUUCAGAUACUGAUAUAUCAAUAUAAAUGUUUUAGCGGAGUUUAUUUCUUGAGCUAGUACUCACUCAUCUUGUGUACAAAUUUCUCGCCCUGUAAAGAACACAGGUUAGAUGGGAUUGUGGACAGGUUUGAGAAAAAAAAAACGUGAUUUUUCAUGUUUUAUGGAAAUGGAAAUUUGAGGUGA